UCCGCUCACCCCAUUUUUGACAUCUCUUCUUCUCUUGCCUGUCUUUUCGCCCGGACGUUAAAACGAAAACAGAACUUGGGAUUCCUGUAACUAACUACUCCUUUUGCAACUUACCAUCAUGCCCAGGAAACCAAUGAGAACUGUGUUUUCUUCUCCAACAGCAUCAAAGCCCUCUGCUUCGCCUUCGCCGACUCCAACGCGGCCGAGUUUUUCCGAGUCCGUAAUGGACCGAACCCUUGAAUUAGCCGGACCGGUGAUCGCGAAAUGGAGCCCGGACACCGCCCCCUUUGCCAGUGCCAGGGUGGUGGUCACUUCACUCUUCCCCGACAACCGUGGAGAAGCCAAACACUUGAUCAAGUGCGUCAACAACUUGCAGAAAGCCAUGCACCUCCUCCUCACCGAAAAUCCUACCUCCCCAAAACUCGCCAGCGCCCAAAACCUCAUGCAGACCGCCAUGAAGACACUCCAGAGAGAAUUCUACCAGCUACUGUCCAUGAACCGGGCUUAUUUGGAUCCUGAAUCCGUCUCCUCCUGCUCCACCCGCACCUCCAUUCACUCCACCUCCGAUUCUGAUUCCGAUUCCGACGACGACGACGAGGCGGCUGAUUCCAUCGUCCAAGUCGAAGACGCCUCGAGUCUAGUCAUGGCGGAUCUCAGACUGAUUGCGGAGUGCAUGAUAUCUUCUGGCUACGCCAAAGAGUGCGUCAAAAUCUACAAUAUUAUUCGAAAAUCCAUCAUUGACGAAGGUAUGUAUAGACUUGGGGUCGAGAAAUUUAGCUCGUCGAGUAUUCACAAUAUGGAUUGGGAGGUUUUGGAUGACAGAAUUAAGAAGUGGCUGGAUGCUGUGAAGGUCUCGGUCAAGACUCUGUUCAAUGGGGAAAGAAUCCUCUCCGAUCACGUUUUCGCCGCUUCGGAAUCCAUUAGGGAAUCAUGCUUUACGGAAAUCUCAAGAGAAGGAGCCAUGAUUCUCUUUGGAUUCCCCGAAAGUGUUGUCAGAAAUAGCAAGAAAUCUCCCGAAAAGGCGAUCCGCGUGCUCGAUAUGUACACCGCCAUUGCCACUCACUGGCCGGACAUCAAGUCCAUUUUCUCCUCCGAGUCAUCCUCAACCGUCCGGUCUCAGGCCAUCACGUCCCUGAUAAAAAUGGGCCAAUACGUGAGGACGGCCUUGGCGGAAUUCGAAUCCGCGAUCCUGAAGGAGCGUUCAAAAUCAACUGUAGCGGGCGGUGCCGUACAUCAUUUGACCAUCGACUCCAUGAAUUACCUCUCUCUUCUUGCCGACUACAGCAACCCACUUUCGGAUAUCUUAGCCGAUUCUCCGCCUCCACCUGCGUCGACGUCGACCUUGCUGGAGUCCUACUCUAGUCUCUCCGACUCCGGAGAGUCUCCGGCGCCCACAAUAUCUCUCCGAUUUGCUUGGCUCAUCCUGUUGCUCCUGGCCAAACUCGACGGCAAGGCGAAGCUGUACAAGGACGCGUCCCUUUCGUACCUCUUCCUAGCAAACAAUUUCCAAUACGUCAUCACUAAGGUCCGUACAUCCAACCUCAAAUACCUCCUGGGUGACGACUGGCUGCCAAAGCAGGAAGUCAAAGUCAGACAGUUUGCGGCCAACUACCAACGGCUGGCAUGGGGCCACGUCAUCGAGUCGCUGCCCGAGGUUCCCGCUAUUUCUUUGACCCCAGAGGAAGCCAGGGAAUGUUUCAAGAGAUUCAAUGCGUCGUUCGAGCAGGCGCACGAUAAGCAGUCUGCGUGCGUCAUACCAGAUAGUAAGCUCCGGGACGAUAUAAAAGUGGAUUUAAGCAGGAGGAUAUUGCCAGUGUACCGGGAAUUUUACAACAAGCACGAAGCCGUAACAGUGGGGAGUGAGAGAAAUUUGGGGUCCAUUGUUAGAUUUAGCCCUGAAGAUGUGGGACAUUGCCUUUCGGACUUGUUUUUUGGAAACGUCGGGUCUGGGAGUUCUUCUUCAUCGUCUCUCCGGUCUCCUCCUUCCCACACGCGGUCAAAAAAAUUUUACACCAGUUUUGUAGGUCUCACAACACGAUACGCACUUUCUUUUUUUGGUUCUCCUACAAUCAAGUUUUGAAUUUUGUUACAAGUGGUGUUGUAAAGAUG